ACUCCUGGCUGGAAAAGAAGAACUGUAGAUCUUUAGUUUUUUUUUUUUUUCAAAUCUUUACCAUCACUCUUUUAUCUCCGCCUUCUCUUUCUGCAGGAAACUUUAUUUCCUACUUCUGCAUACCAAGUUUGUACCUCCAGAUCUGUUACUGAGGAGCCUGAGAUACCAGUGCCAUCAUAAAGAAGCCGUACCUGUAAAUGCAAUGCAAGUUCAGCUGUCUGCAAAGACCAGAAGAAGGCAUUGGAUUCACCACAGGUCCUAGGAAGUGAACUUGAAUCAUCUGAAAACCAGAUCAAAAGGGAAAUGGAAGGCAGUAAUAUGUUACCUCAGUUGAUCCAUGGCGUACUAUCAACAUCUCAUUCUCUAUUUAUAAGAAGUAUUCAAGAGCUUGAAGGGGCUACCACACCGUAUGACUAUGAAGACGGUGAGCCUUGUCACAAAACCAGUGUGAAGCAAAUUGGAGCCUGGAUCCUGCCCCCACUCUACUCCCUGGUAUUCAUCUUUGGUUUUGUGGGCAACAUGUUGGUCAUUAUAAUUCUGAUAAGCUGUAAAAAGCUGAAGAGCAUGACUGAUAUCUACCUGUUCAACCUGGCCAUCACUGACCUGCUCUUCCUCCUCACGCUCCCGUUCUGGGCUCACUAUGCUGCAAAUGAUUGGGUCUUUGGGAACAUCGUGUGUAAAGUACUCACGGGGUUCUAUCACAUUGGUUAUUUUGGUGGAAUCUUCUUCAUUAUCCUCCUGACGAUUGAUAGGUACUUGGCUAUUGUCCAUGCCGUGUUUGCUUUAAAAGCUAGGACAGUUACCUUUGGGGUGAUAACAAGUGUAGUCACUUGGGUGGUAGCUGUGUUUGCCUCUCUCCCAGGAGUCGUAUUUACUAAAUCCAAACUAGAAGAUAAUCAUCACACCUGUGGCCCUUAUUUUCCACAACCAUGGAAGAGUUUCCAAACAAUUAUGAGAAAUGUCUUGAGCCUGAUCCUGCCCCUACUGGUCAUGGUCAUCUGCUACUCAGGAAUCCUCCACACCCUGUUUCGCUGUAGGAAUGAGAAGAAGAGGCACAGGGCUGUGAGGCUCAUCUUUGCCAUCAUGGUUGUCUACUUUCUCUUCUGGGCUCCAUACAACAUUGUCCUCCUCCUGAUCACCUUCCAGGAAUUCUUUGGACUGAAUAACUGCAGUAGUUCUAAUAGACUAGACCAGGCCAUGCAGGUGACAGAGACUCUUGGGAUGACACACUGCUGCAUUAAUCCUGUCAUUUAUGCCUUUGUUGGGGAGAAGUUCCGAAGGUAUCUCUCCGUAUUUUUCAGAAAGCACAUUGCCAAACGUCUCUGCAAACAGUGCCCAGUUUUCUAUAGGGAGACAGCAGAUCGAGUGAGCUCAACAUUCACUCCAUCCACUGGGGAGCAAGAAGUCUCAGUUGGGUUGUAAAGUAACUGGUAGUUUGCCUUUCUUUUUUUAUAAGCAGAGAAGGAGGGAGCAGUUUGUAUAUAGUAACAAGCCUUAAAGACAGUGAUUCUUACUUUUGGGUCAUGAUCCCUGUGUGUGGGUCAAAUGACCCUUUCACAGAGUUCACUUAAAACUAUCAAAAAUACAUAGAUAUUUACAUUAUAACUCAUAACUGUAGCAAAAUUAUAACUAUGAUGUAGCAACAAAAAUAAUUUUAUUGUUGGUGAUCACCACAACAUGAGGAACUACAUUAAAGGGUCACAGGAUUAGGAAGGUUGUGAACCACUGCUCAUAGCUCAUAGAUAUAUUGAACAAUAGAGACCUAUAAAUUAGGUGUCCAGAACCUUAGGAUUAUGCCGCAACUGAUUAUAUAGCUUUUCUUGUAUAUAUAAUACAUGUUCAGGAAAUAUUUUAGAAUAAUCAUUGGUAGAUUCUUCAGCUUUCUAGUGAACUCUGCCCCUAUCAAGAGCCUCAUUGCCUUGUGGCAAUACUAUUUUACCAAUCUUUACCAUGUUUUCCCUUAUUUCUAACAAGAAAGACAUGGAAUGUAUAGGAAGGAGGGUGUGAGGCUAUCAGGACUGAGUCAGAAGGGGCAGGAGAUAUGCACGGUUGAUCCUGGGUGAAGAUGGAAAUGAGUGUGAGCAGGGACCUCUCAUUUCUUUCUCAUUUGGGAAGAAAUGUCCUGGUCUUUGGUUCCUUCUCCCACCUGUGUUUAAUUUUGAAGGCUUUAUGGGGUUGUGGGAAAUCUGGAAGCUGUAAUAGCUUGUUGGGAACUUCAUUUGAAUCCCAUGGUUGUUUUAUACAUAAUUGCACAACACAUUUCUGCUUUGUUAUUUUUAUCUAUGACAGCAUGGGAAAUCCUUUCAAUACCACGCUCCACUGUUUGUAUGUUUCUCAAGCCACAGCUCUUUGCAGGAUAUUUACAAAAUUAUUUUUUAUAAAGUAUGCAUCAUUAGUGAUUAGCCUAAAGAUAAUAAGGACUCUUGUUUGAUCUUUCCAAGCAGAUCAGAAGGCUGGAGGUAGUGAAUGGCCAUGAAUGAGGAGAAAAGUCAAUUCCUCCAUCAGGCGUAAAGGGCUGCAGCAAAAAGGCAGGAAUAUGUGGACAAUAGAAGUGGUGUGUUUAGAACCACAUAGAGUCAUAAGCAAAAUGGUUGCCUCAGCACCAAGGGAAGGUUUCUGUCUGGAUAUAAGCUGCUUUUAUAUUAUCGCUGCUAUUUUCUGUCUCCCCACUACCUUUGCACAUAACCUUUAUCUCCACCUGGGAAAGGUGUAUAUGGAAUAGCCAAACGUGAAAGCCUGGAUAGUCCUAGGAGAGGAAAUAAAGCACCAUUAUGUUUUGUGGGUAAAACAGGACUGGAUGAAACAGGGACAGAAACCCUUGCUUUGAAAAUAAUUCUUGGGAACAUAUCUUAAUUACCAGGCAAAAUAAGCCUGGAUAAAAAAAUGAUUAUAGAUGGAGUGGGAAGACAUGUGUCACAGACUAUCUUCCAAAGCCUUAUUUUGGGAUAUAAACAUAAUUCAAAUAUUUAAAACUUGAAAUUAGAAAAAAAUAAAAUCAAGACUUAUAACUUUAACUUCUAAAUGUGAGGAAAUACCUCUGUAAGAGUUCUUACCUUGCCAAGCCUGAAAAUAGUUCAUUAGUUAUAGAAAAAAUUCUGGCUUUGAGCAUAUGAACUAAAAUAGACAGCUCAGAAUUGACAAGGACUUGGGUAUUGGGGUCUGUGGGCUUACCCAACCAUGGUGAUUUAGACCCUCAGCCAUCUGGAUCCCAGCAUAUGCUACAUAGCUGUCAUGUGUACAUGCAAGUGCUGUACUUGCUCCUCAAAUUCCUCAAAUUUGAGGAAUUUCCUCAAAUUCCUCAAAUUUGAGGAAUUUCCUCAAAUUCCUUUGGAUCUUUUGUCCUAAAUGUGAGCUUGGUGACAGAUUGUCCUUAGAGUGAAUGGGAACUCCUAAGUCAAAUUAACUUCUUAUCAAAGAUUUAAAAGUAAAUAUAAAAAGGAGAGAAGUUAGAGAAACUCCUUUUCAUAAGAGAAAUGUCUCCCCUGAUUUGAGCCAAAAAUGUUCUUCCCUGUCCACUAAUGCAUUUCUUAUCUAACAGAAGCAAGAAACAAAGGAACAGACAACUUAAGAGCUGAAAGUCAUUGUGGUCUGGUUUUACUACCACAUGACGAGAAGAAAUUUCUGAAAGAAGUAGGAUAUGAGAAUGUCACCUUCAGAUAGCCUAAUAGUUUUAUUUUAAUGAUAAUAAGACGCAAGUAUCUGUAAACCUAUGAUUUAGAAAAUAAAUCAAUGCUCUGUCUAUAUUGCUAGAAAUAUUAAAAAGAAACGAGUAUAUGCUUUGUCA